GGACAAAUGCGAUAACACAAAAUAACUUUUAGCAAGUAUCAAUGAUAAGACUUCAUUUUAUGUUAUAGUCUAAACGUGUAGUGUACAUAAAAAUGGCUUACAAACUUUUGUUUGGAGUUCUUACGAUCUUGUGUUUCACAGAAGCGGUGAAUGGGAUCAGAUGUUCGUAUUACGACUCUGAAUACACUUACGACUAUGAAUGGACGUACAGCAAGGUUACGAAGUAUAAGUAUUGUGACAGCAGCUGUUGCGGUGAUAUGCAAAACAGAGUUUGUUGUGACAUUAACAGUAACGUUGGACUUAUUAUUGGCAUAACUAUUGGAUCAAUUCUUCUAGUCGUUACUGUUGUUACAGUGUUUGUUGUUAUUUGUUGUUGUUGUUGUUGUUGUAAGAAGUCUCGUGGACAGCAAGGGCAGGUGUUUCAACCAGCAAGUGUAACAACAACAACAGUUCAUGGCAUGCAGACAAUACCACCGACAAGCUUUGGACAAUCUGGAUUCAUCAAUGGUGCAUAUCCACUGCAAAUACAGACAGCAAAUAUGGCUCCUGGUAUAGCGCAGAAAUGGCAAGAACCUCCGCCGCAAUACACAACCACAAACAAUAUCUAGAUCCGUUGAUUCAUACGGCGCAACAAUAAUGUUAAUGUUAUUUGCUGUAUUACCUUCCGUUUUGUGAACUUUAAACUUUGCAGAUUGUGCAUUGCGCUUAAAAAUAUGUGUACCAAAUGAUACCAAACAGGCAUAAUUGAAAUAUCUAUUUUGUUUUAUGAAUUAUUAUGUACUAAAAUACUACGGUUGCUCAUACUCUGAAAAAUACUAUAACUACUUUUUCAAGUCUUUCUUCUGUCAAAUUAUGUUAUAUAUGUACUUGUAAUUGUGUGUCAGACAUAUUAGUAGGUACUUUUGGUAAAAAAAACCAAAGUGAUGAUAUAAUUGUAUUUUGCAUCAAAUAUAGCAACAUUUUUUAAUAUUGACAAAUCUAACUUAAUUACAUUCACCACUUAGAGUACAUAAAGAAAACAUUCGACAAAGCUAUAAUAAUUAACUUUAAAAUUUAAGAGACAAUUCGUUUGUUAUUAUUCUGUAUAUAGAUAAUUUAAAACAAAAUUAAUGUCUUUAUUUGUAGUAAACCUUUUUGGCAUAUUUAUCAAGGUAUUUCAUUGCAUUAAGCUCAUUUACUACGAGAACUAUUUGACUUUAACAACAUUGUACACGAAAUAGAAAUAUUCAUGUUGUGGAUGUUAUUCAACUGGUUUAUUAUUGUAGCUUGAAAUUUUAAAAUCUAUGUUUUAUUCUGCUUUUUUCUCGAAACUCAGAAGUGAUAAUAAAUAGUACAUCCUAGAACGGAAGUAAUUGUCUUAAAAGACGAAAAUGGAUAUGUGCGAUAAUAUAUAUUCACCAUG